UCCUCUCGGCCCUCGACUCUCGACUCUCGACUCUCGACUCUCGGCUCUCGGCGAUCUCGUCGUUCUGCGAAGGUCUCGGCGAUCUCGUCGUUCUGCGAAGGUCGGAACUGCUCUCCGACGAACACGAACGGGCACAGCUGCGAGGGUCCUUCCCUUCGAUUUUUAUUGCGGUGAUCUCAUUCCUUUCUUUUUUUCUCUUGUUUCGUUUCGCUUGGUUCUUCAUCGGUCGAAAUUUUGAUUAGGGUUCAGAAAUUUUGUUGGUCUUGGGGUUCUUUUAAUCGAUUCUUGGUUGUCGACUUUCUUGUGGGAAGAUCGAUCUUUCUGGUUUUCUCGAUCGUUUUUCGUCACCUAGCCAGUCUCGUUCUGGUUUCGAUUGGAAAAUAUGUCUUCUUCGCGUUCUAGGCGUGUGGAGUACGACCGCUUCAUCCCGUUCCGGUCGGCGAUGGACAUGGACUACGCACGCUUUGCCCUAACGGGGCCUUCGAGACCGCAGCGUGAUGGUUCGAGGGAAUCCCCAUCGAGCGUGGCGUACCAAAAGCUUCUUGACGAGUGCAUUUUGAAGAACAGGUCUCGUAUCCUCGCUUUCAAGACUGCACCUGAAGCGUCGGCCAGCAAGCUGCCCGAGUUUGACGAGCCCAUUCGGCCGCAGAAGAAGCAGCAGAGGCGAAUCCCUAAAGAACCAGAGAGGGUUUUGGUAAUCCACGGCUUGUUGGAUGAUAAUGUUUUGAAUCUCCUCGACUGGGGAAGCAAUAAUGUGUUGGCGAUUGGCCUUGAGGACGCAGUGUAUCUCUGGGACGCUGCAGAAGAGUCGACUAAGCUUCUACAACCCGUAGAAGACAGAGGACCUAUCACUUGCAUCCGCUGGUCGCCAGACUGUGCAGUUCUUGCUGUCGCAUUUGGCAAUUCAGAUUUAUCCCUGAUUGAUCCAGCAACAGGACAUGUCGUGGAUGGGAUGGAAGAUGAGAACCAGGCCCCUGUGUUGUCACUUGCGUGGAGAAGUAAUUCAAUCUUGACAGUCGGAAGAUUUGAUGGCACUGUUGUUGAUUAUGACUUUAGAAAGGAUGACAUGUUCAUCUGUUUCUAUAAUGGGCAUCGGCGUGGAGUUUGUAGUCUUAAAUGGUCCGUGUUGUCAGGGCGGUAUUUGGCGAGUGGAGGGCAGGACAAACUAGUGCACAUAUGGGAUGCCUGCAUGCCUUUCUCACGUGACCAUCCACGUCAACGUCAAUGGCUUCACAGGAUCAGCAGCCACACUUCCAUUGUGAAGGCCGUUGACUGGUGCCCAACUCGGAGCAACCUGCUGGCUUCUGGUGGAGGUUGCAAUGAUCAUUGCGUUAAGUUUUGGAACACCGUUAACGGUGCUUGCUUGAACUCGAUUGAUGCUGGCUCUGAAGUUUGUGCAUUGCUAUGGGACAAAAACAAAUCUGAAUUACUGACCUCCCAUGGUUCGCCGAACAAUCAACUCACCUUGUGGAAUUACCCAUCCAUGACGAGAGUGGCUGAGGUUUCCGGUCAUUCAUCCCGGGUUCUUUCCUUGGCUGGGAGUCCACUGGGAGGUGUAGUAGCUUCUGCAGCAGCAGAUGAGACAGUCAAGUUUUGGAAUAUCUUUGAGACUCCCAAAAUAACAAAACCUGAACUACCCUUUGCCCAAUUUAAUGUCAUCAUAAGAUGAAAAGGUGGAUAGGUGGAAAUGAUUAAGAUUCCAAAUGGAAGACUUCUCUAGUGCUUGGCAUGAAGAUCUGUUGUUGGUAACAUUGCGAUGGGAAGUUUCGUGGUGUCAAAGAGGUAGUACAUUUUCAUACAAGUGCAUGGAUUCGAGAUCUUCAAAUAUGAGCGCAACCGCCUAAGAUUUCUUAUGAUAUUCAAUAUGGCCUUGAUAUCACAUGAAGACAUCACAUUGCACACCUAGAAGAGUGUUUGACAAUCGAGAGAUCUAUGCAUUAUAAGAGGUAAUUGCCUAUGGCCUUAUGUUUCUAUUUUUUCUUUCCGACUAUAAGUUUCCUAUGAUAUAAGUUAAACUUAAGAAUUUUAUAUUCUUUUAGGACUAUAAAGAAACUUUGAAGAUUGAACUGUGUAGCUCUAUUGCCAGAACAAAGCACUUGUAAUAUGGCCUUAAGUAUCACAUGAAGAUUUCACAUUGCCAAAACAAACUUUGAAGAUUGAACCGUAUAACAAACUUCAGAUUUCCUUUUCCAUUUUUUUUGAGUUGAGAUUUCUUAUAACAUUCAAUAUGGCCUAGUUAUCACAUGAAGACAUCACAUUGCAUAUCUAGAAGUGUGUUUGACAAUCGUGAGAUCUAUGCAUUAUAAGAGGUAAUUGCUUAUGACCCUAUGCUUCUUUUUUCUUUUCUAACUAUAGGUUUCCUAUGAUAUAAGUUGAACUUCAGAAUUUUAUAUUCUUUUAGGACCAUUAAGAAACUUUGAAGAUUGAACUGUGUAGCUCUAUUGCCAGAUCAAAGUACUUUCACAUGAUGAAUUUAAAAUCUUGCUAUGGUGUCUUUGCUAAAUCUUUAUUCACAGAUACAAAGAUAUUAAAGCAUCUUUGGAUUUGCUUAGAGGGUGAAAAUAUGGAAACUUAUGGUGUUGCACAACUAUAAUCAUAUUCAACAACUAAGAGAUCUAUGCAUAAUUUUGAUCUAAGAUGUAACUUCUUAUGUCUUUAUUUUUUGGGUGACUAAAGGUUCCCUAAAAUAUCCAUUAGCCUUCAGAUUUUUUAUGUUCUUUUAGGACCAUUCUAGAACCCGUGAAAACUUUUAUUUGGUGUAGAUAUUAUUUCACUA